UUCUCAUCUUUUUUUCAUAGAUUCUUUUUCCUUAACGUCCAUGAAUUCACUCUGCUCAGCGUCUUUGUCUUCUACCGCUGCUUCUUCUUCCACCAUUUUUGGUCCUUACUUUGAGGCUUCUGUGCAUGGUUCUAUUCAGGUUGGUUCACUCAAAGAGUCGAGCUCCAACACUCACAUGCUUAAAUUCCUUAUUUGUGUGAUUUCUGAAAGUUAAGGACCCCGUAAGCUAGAUUUCCUGUCGGAUUCCUUGUUGGGGUUGGUCUGGUUUUGCUGAUUUGGUUAGCUAAAUAUCGAAUCUUUCUGGCUAGCUUGCCAUUUCUUGUCCUGGGUUUUGGUUGGUAGUUAACAGGAUAAAAUCAAAUUGUGUGGGAUUAGAAAUUUAGAAUCUUGGGGAUUCUUUGAUUCCUUCUUUCGGGUAAGUGAAAUUCUUAUCUCCCUUAAGCCUGGGCUUUCUCUUGCAUUCCCAAUUUGAAGCUAUUUGGGUGGAUAAGAUAGCAUCUUCCCACUUCCACCCAUCCUUUUCAAUCUACUUGUUUUUAGUGAAAUUGGAGCUCAAGAGGUGGGUGAGCUUCGUUCUUCUUCAUUUCUUCUUCUUCCUCUACUUCUUCCAAGUUUGAUUUUUUUUUUUUGUUCGAUGUUGGGUUUAACUAGACAGUUUCCUUGGAUUUGACAGUGGUCUCUCUCUCUCUCUCUCGCUGGAAGUAGCAAGAAGUCAAACUCACUUCAUAUUGUUACUGUUUCUUGUUAACUUGUGUUGGUUACUGUUGUUGAUGAGUUUGCUUAUCGUAGUUGGGUUUGGUCUAAAGGUGGGGCAUCUGCUUUUGCUAUGUUACUGGAUUGUGUCUGUAAUUUCCAUGAACUGGUUCAUUAGUAGUGGAAUUAUGGACGGCAAAACUGGUUUGCUCAGUGGUAGUGGCAAGAUGUGGCUCAGAUGUUGGGAGAAGAUCUCAGGCAACAGUUGUUACAUCCAACAUCACUACUCCCAGUAUUUUGGGUCCAAGAGAGUUCCGAAGGAAUGGUGGAGGAAACUUUUGAUUACAUGGGUAUUUGGUUGGACCAUAGUGUCUCUGUGGAUCUUCUGGUACUUGAGCUCACAAGCUACUGAGAAGAGGAAAGAGAGCCUUGCAAGUAUGUGUGAUGAGAGGGCUAGGAUGUUGCAGGAUCAGUUUAAUGUGAGCAUGAAUCAUAUUCAAGCCAUGUCCAUUAUGAUCUCAAUCUUCCAUCAUGGCAAGAACCCAUCUGCUAUUGAUCAGAGGACUUUUGCGAGGUAUACGGAAAGAACUGCUUUUGAGAGGCCCCUUACAAGUGGUGUGGCAUAUGCCGUAAGGGUGCUCCACUCUGAAAGGGAACAAUUCGAGAAGCAACAAGGCUGGACUAUUAAGAGGAUGGAUACCCUGGAACAAUACCCAGUUCAUGAGGAUGACUAUGCUCCAGAAGCCUCAGAACCAUCACCAAUUCAGAAAGAAUAUGCUCCUGUCAUCUUUGCACAGGAUACCAUUUCUCAUGUGGUUUCACUGGAUAUGCUGUCGGGGAAGGCAAAUCGCGAAAAUGUGUUGAGUGCAAGAGCAUCAGGAAAGGGAGUUCUAACUGCUCCUUUCAAGCUGCUGAAAACAAACCGUCUUGGAGUUAUAUUGACAUUUGCCGUCUACAAGACAGAUCUUCCCUCAAAUGCUACCCCAAAUGAGAGGAUUCAAGCAACUGAUGGGUAUCUUGGUGGAGUCUUUGAUAUUGAGUCACUUGUGGAGAAGUUGCUUCAACAGCUUGCUAGUAAACAGACCAUCCUCGUGAAUGUGUAUGACACUACUAAUCACUCACAUCCAAUCAGCAUGUAUGGUUCAAAUGUAUCAGAUGAUGGUUUGCAGCAUGUUAGUGCCCUUAAUUUUGGAGAUCCCUUCAGGAAGCAUGAGAUGCGUUGCAGAUUCAAACAAAAACCACCAUGGCCAUGGUUAGCAAUAACAACGUCAAUUGGCAUCCUUGUGAUUGCAUUACUUGUUGGAUAUAUAUUUCAUGCAACUGUGAAUCGAAUUGCCAAAGUGGAGGAUGAUUGCCAGAAGAUGACGGAGCUCAAAAAACAAGCCGAGGCAGCUGAUGUUGCCAAAUCCCAGUUCCUCGCUACUGUCUCCCAUGAGAUCAGAACCCCAAUGAAUGGUGUUCUUGGAAUGUUGGAUAUGCUCAUGGACACAGAUCUAGAUGUGACUCAACAAGAUUAUGUCAGAACUGCACAGGACAGUGGAAAAGCUCUAGUCUCACUCAUAAAUGAGGUUUUAGACCAGGCAAAGAUUGAAUCUGGUAGGCUUGAGCUUGAGGCAGAGCUGUUUGAUCUGCGAGCAAUUUUGGAUGAUGUUCUGUCACUCUUUUCUGGAAAGUCCCCGGGAAAAGGAGUAGAGCUGGCAGUUUAUAUCUCAGAUCGGGUUCCUGAGAUGCUAAUUGGUGAUGCUGGAAGGUUUCGCCAAAUCAUUACCAAUCUCAUGGGUAACUCCAUCAAAUUCACAGAGAAGGGACACAUAUUUGUCACUGUUCAUCUUGUUGAGGAGGUGAUCGGCUCAAUAGAAGUUGAGACAGAAUCAUCAUCAAAAAACACCUUAAGUGGAUUUCCUGUUGCAGAUAGACAGCAUAGCUGGGAAGGAUUUAGGACAUUCUGUCAAGAGGGAUCCACUUGUCCUCUCUCAUCAUCUUCCUCUGACCUUAUCAACCUAAUUGUAUCUGUUGAGGAUACAGGAGUAGGAAUCCCUAUAGAAGCACAAUCUCGUGUUUUCACUCCUUUUAUGCAGGUGGGUCCAUCCAUCUCCCGAACACAUGGGGGCACAGGUAUUGGCCUAAGCAUAAGCAAGUGUUUAGUUGGCCUUAUGAAGGGGGAGAUUGGUUUUGUGAGCAUACCAAAGAUCGGUUCCACCUUUACAUUUACUGCUGUCUUUACCAAUGGCAGCUCCCAUCCAAAUGAAUAUAAAAGCCUACCAAUCAACAACCAAUCCAAGUCUACAUCCUCCGAAUUUCAGGGCAUGAAAGCAUUAGUUGUAGACCCCAGACCUGUCCGGGCCAAGGUAUCAAGAUAUCAUAUCCAACGGCUUGGAAUUCGUGUUGAAGUAGUUCCUGAUUUGAAUCAAGGUUUUGCUAACAUAAGCAGCGGCAACACAGUCAAAAUGGUCCUUGUCGAACAGGAGGUUUGGGAUAGGGAUCCUGUCAAGAAAAUUGAUAGUAUUCCUCCCAACUUGUUCCUUCUGGCUAAUCCUAUCGGUUCAUCCAGAACAAGCGAUGCAACUUCAGGUGAUUAUUAUACCCCACCUGUCAUCAUGAAGCCCCUGAGAGCAAGCAUGCUUUCUGCCUCAUUACAGCGAGCCAUGGGUGUUGGGAACAAGGGCAAUCCCCGCAAUGGGGAGCUCCCCGGUUUUUCUCUUCGCAAUCUUCUUCUUGGGAGAAAAAUUCUUAUUGUAGAUGACAAUAAUGUGAAUCUCAGAGUAGCUGCUGGUGCUUUGAAAAAGUACGGAGCUGACGUGGUCUGUGCAGAAAGUGGGAAAAAGGCUAUCUCACUGCUUAAACCACCUCACCAUUUUGAUGCCUGUUUCAUGGAUAUCCAAAUGCCUGAAAUAGAUGGGUUUGAAGCUACAAGAAGAAUUAGGGACAUGGAACACAGUAUCAAUAAUCUUAUUCAACGUGGAGAAAUACCUGUGGAAGCGCCGCAAAACAUUUCAAACUGGCAUGUGCCAAUUUUGGCCAUGACGGCAGAUGUAAUCCAGGCUACACAUGAGGAAUCCCUAAAAUGUGGAAUGGAUGGAUAUGUUUCAAAACCAUUUGAAGCCCAACAACUUUAUCAGGAGGUUUCACGCUUUUUCCAAUCAGCUUCAAAUGGGAAUAUAUAGAGAUCAUUUCUAUUUCAAAGGGCUUGCUGCUGACACAAGCAUGACUAGCUGUUCUCGUGGAUGCUUAGGAAUGCUUAAAUGGCUUCAGAGUUCCUCCUAAGAGAAGACGUCUGCCUUUUUGUUGCAGUGUGUAUAUAAAAGCCAUGCUUGAUUCGUUGGGGUUGAGUUUUUGUUGGUUUUCUUUUGGGCCAGAUAUAGAAGACAGUUCAUUUUUCCAUGUGUAAAGUUCGUCUCAUUUCCAAGCCUUUUUGUCGCGGGUCGGUUGUUUGGGAGUUUUCUGCAGGUAAAGGUUCUCUAAGAGGACCUCAAUUUCAGAGAUACUACUUGAAAAUGGCCGAGAAAAAUCCCUGGACUUGGAUGUAUCAUAGAACUUCUGGGGUUGCAUCCUCUCUCCAUUCAAUAACAAAGUUUGCAAUUCUUGGAAAAGAUCUUUCUCCGAAUGUCAAUGUUUGUAUUAUAGUGAUUAUUGAUUCAGUUCAGCCGAAGGAAUGGCAUAUCGCUUCUCGGCAACCGGAGAAUGCGCGUUGUGUAUAUUAGGACUUCAAUAAAGAUGGUUGAUGUGUACUUAUAUAGCACCCCUUUUCUUUUUAAUUUUUGUGUUUCUAACAAUGCAAAAAGUUUGUUCAGCUGAGAAUUCUUGUAACUACGACACUGUAUCAACAUUGAGUAAUAUCACAAUUCUUGCCUCAUUUGUACA